AUGAGCGAGGGGGCUGCGGGUGCCGCGGCGCCCGGGGCGGCGGAGGCGGCGGCUGCGGCGGGGGGCCCGGGCGGGGAUGGGGCCGGGGGGCCGCCGCGGGAGCUGCGCUGCAGCGACUGCAUCGUCUGGAACCGGCAGCAGACGUGGCUGUGCGUGGUACCCCUCUUCAUCGGCUUCAUCGGGCUGGGGCUCAGCCUCAUGCUGCUCAAGUGGAUCGUGGUGGGCUCCGUCAAGGAGUACGUCCCCACCGAGCUGAUGGACGCCAAGGGCGUGGGGCAGGACCCCUUCUUCCUCUCCAAGCCCACCGCCCCCCCCCGCGGCGCGGAGACCACCGCCGCCGCCACGCCGCGGCCGCCCAGCCGGGUCAGCCCCCGCCUCACCACCAUGAGCCGGGCUCCCCCGCGGCCCCCCGGCACCCGCGGCCCUGCGCGGGGCGGCCCGCGGCCCACCGCGCCCCGGCACCCCGUGCCGCCGCACACGGCACCGCCCGCCAGCGGCCCCCCCGGCACCGGCACCGCCGGCCGCGCCGCCCGGCCGCCGCCCGCCGCCCCCAGCACCCCGCCGCUGCCCGCCUGGCCCACUGCGGCACACGCUACCUCCUCCUACAAGAUCUACGUCCACGACUCGGCGCCGUCCUGGACCCUGUCUCCCUUCCAGGAGUCGACCACCACCACGCCGGAGGCCAGCACGACCCCCAAAACCCACACCACGACGUAUUCCACGGAGCGCUCGGAGCACUUUAAGCCAUGCAAGGACAAGGACCUGGCGUAUUGUCUCAACGAGGGGGAAUGCUUUGUGAUCGAAACCCUGACGGGAUCCCACAAACACUGCCGGUGCAAAGAGGGCUACCAAGGAGUCCGCUGUGACCAAUUUUUGCCGAAAACCGACUCAAUCUUGUCAGAUCCAACAGACCAUUUAGGAAUUGAAUUCAUGGAGAGCGAGGAGGUGUACCAGCGCCAGGUGUUGUCCAUCGCCUGCAUCGUCUUCGGCAUCGUCGUGGUGGGCAUGCUGUGUGCAGCCUUCUACUUCAAAACAAAGAAGCAAACCAAGCAGAUCCACGAACAGCUGAAAGAAACGCAGAAUAGGAAAACCUACAGCCUAAACGCUUCCAGCAUGAUGGCAAAGUCAGAGUGUCUGGCACAAAGCCAAGUCCAGCUGCAAAAUUACUCAAAGCCAGAUAGGCACCCGGGGCCCAUUCUGCACAAAGUUAUGGAGUCUAGUUUUUCAGGCACCCAGUCCUUCCCAGAGGCCUUGUCUCCUGACAGAGGAACCCAGCCCAUCAAGCACCACAGAAGUCUCUCUUCAUGCUGCAGCCCAGGACAGAGAAGUGGGAUGCUGCACAGAAAUGCCUUUCGCAGGACUCCUCCCUUGCCUCGGGGUAGGUUCAGUGGGAUUGCAGGACCAGCAUAUCAGCAGCUCCAGGAGUCCAGGAUCACCGACCAGGACACCAUACCUUGUCACGGGUAUUCAUCCAGUGGUUUAAAAACUCCUCAGAAUCCUUCAAUAAAUAUGCAACUGCCUUCAAGAGAGACAACCCCAUAUUUUAAUAACGUGGAUCAGAAGGACUUGGUCAGCUAUUCCUCUUCAAGGGCCAACUCCGUCCCCAUCAUCCCGUCUGUGGGCUUGGACGAAGCCUGCAUGCAAAUGCAAAAUGUUCCUGAAGUAACAGGCAUCAAAUGGUGCAAAAACUCCUAUUCUGCUGAACUUGUCAACGUGAGUUCCCCAGUCAGUAAUUGUCUAAUAGCAGAACAGCACGAGGUGAAAGUCUUGCUGGAAACUGUGCAGGAGCAGAUCCGGAUGCUGACGGACGCGCGGCGGGCGGAGGACGCGGAGCUGGCGGGCGCGGAGGCGCGGGGCGGCGCGAGCGAGAACACGGCCUUCCUGCCCAUGAGCCCCACGGCCAAGGCAGAGCGAGAGGCACACUUUGUCCUCAAAAGUGACACGCAGAGGGACUCGGUACUCACCAAGUGACUCCGCCUGGGGGCUGCGGGAGGGCAAGUGAGAGGUCCGCGCGUUCGACGCUUUGCUGAACGGGAAGGGAGGAAGUUAAAUACAAAUUAUUUAUAUGCAUUAAUUUAAGAGCAUCUACUUAGAAGAAACCAAAUAGUCAAUCGCCCUCAUAUCAUAGUGUUUUUUAACAAAAUAUUUUUUUAAGGGAAAAGUUCCAGGAGGGAUGAAGCGUGCUUUUAGAUGCUUUCCAGGCAGGAUUUCACAGUUCCAGUUCCAGAGGACUUUUCCAUGGUCCUGUUUGGCUGUCCGAAGGCUUAGGCUAUGCAUCUCCUUUUCAGUAAAGGCCAAGUACCGUCCUUAGAUGCAUUUCUGGUUUCAGGGCAGCACCGCAGUGAGCUGCUGGGCAGGGAUUCAGACCCUGGAGAACAUGUCCUGUAAGACCAACACAGAUCCACUCCCCUCUCCCCCUCUGCUCUUGAUUCCGGGUUCACACCACGAGAUCAGGCACACAGACACCUAGUUCUGAGUUCUGGUACCUGCUGUGGAAUGAUAACAACGUCCCUGAAUUGAGCAGAUGCUUAACUCUUAACAUUAAUUCAAUGUGUCAGUCGCCCCAAGAAAGUCAAUGGAAUCAUUUAUGAGCUUUGGGAUUGGCCAAGAGUGGGAGCAGGAUUGGGGUCUAUAGAGAUUCAGUGAGUCCACAGCUGCUCCAUCUUCUGAGCUUUGCCUAUCAGAGCUGCCUUGGUGGAGAGUGAGGAAGAACGAGAGGAAAUGUAUACACGUGUAUUACAACAGGUUUGGUUUUGGUUUCUGGUUUGGUUUUUUUUAAGUGGAAACAUAAACUCUGUUGUUCGUUAGCACCCCUCAACAUUUCUAAACUUUUACACUUUAAAAGCAUUUGUAAGCUCUCAAGGAGCGCUUCUCGGUGUGUGUGUAUUUUUUUUAAACUUAUUUUUUAUUAUGGCUUGUUCAGAGAAGAGUCAGGGAGAUCCAGUAUGAUCAAAAUCCAGCCAGUAAGUGUCCACGCUGCCUAAUUUGUUCCUGCAUUCAGUUCUCCAGUCACUUUAAUUAAUUAUGGCUUAGGCUUGUGAACUUUAAAGCUUCAACCCUGCAGAUGGUUCAGUAUGGGCAGACCCACAGGCAUGCAGAGAUCUGACUCUGAUGGAGCUUUCUAAGAGCAGAUGGUUCCACCAAGUCCCUCCCUGCAGGGGAUCAAGGCCUUAGAGAGGAUGCAUCAUUCCCUGGUUGCUGUUCCUAAUCACACUGUAAGUCCUUUUUGCAUUAGCCUUCUUUUGAGUCCCUCUUCCCCCCAUAAAUUGUAACAGAAUGUGCCAAUUUUGCAAUGAAUUGGGUUCAGUGACACACCUUACUGGGAUUACUGUCUUAAAAUAUCUCCUUAUUCUCUGGGGGAAAAAAUCCACUAUAAUAAAUAAUCACUAAAUAGCCUUCCCUGGUUAGUGCCAGGAGAUUGAUUAAAAAAAAAAAAGAAUAUAUACAGAAUGUAUUAAAAUAUUCCUUUGAAGCAAAAUAAUUGUUAGAUUUAUUAAUGUGCCCCAGACUUUCUAGUUCACAAGUCUCAAGACUUCCCAAAAUAGCACAAUCUAUCCCACAGUGCUGUUGUAUGUUGAGUCAGAAUAAAGCAAUAUCUUAACCUCUGUCAAGUAAUUUUGGAAAAGAAA